AUGGGUAUAGCAUGGGCCGCUGAUGCAAUCUCUGCCGGAAACUGGACACUACAUCAACUUGCACCGAGAUUUGAAGAAUUUCCGCAAAAAUGUACUAACAAAUACCUUCUAGGAGAAUGGGAACACAUCGUCGUUUCAAACGUCGAAAAAGCAAUUCCGGAAUCGGUCAAACAAAAAUGGCAUGACUGGCGAACAUCAAUGAAAAAGGCAGAGCAUGAAAUUACCGGCAGCGAACAAAUCAACGACACCGUUGAAAUGGCUGGAUGGGGAGUUGAAGAGGCCGAAGAGAAGAAUAAAAAACAUGCCAGUUUGGCUACACAAUUAGCACUCGCCUACGCCAUCCACAAGUCCUUCAUCUUCAUCCGCGUGCCUCUCGCCGCGGCAAUAACACCGAAGGUGGUCCGAGUUCUAAGAGGUUGGGGCUGGGAUAUCGGGAAGCGGACGACGAAAGAAGCGAAGGCUAUAAAUCGUGCUUCACGAGUGCCUAAGACUAAGAAAUCUUGA